AUGGUCGGUGUAAGUCAAGCGCAGGUGUGUAGAGAGAGACGCGGCAGUCCGUACAUCAAAUCAUUUGCUCUCCUCAUGCAGACAUGUCGGUAUAUCCGUCUGCUUUUGGCGCUGCUUCCGUCAGCGUCCCCUGCUGCCUGUUGGCCGGUGGACUUUGGUCGCCUAUCGUCGGUCAUUAAGCGCUUUGGCGGCGAUAAUGGAGCUGUUGUGGACAUUUACUCGGAUGCUAGAUGCAUCAGCUAUCCGCAGGAGGACCAGAAAUCGUCGCUAGUCACACUCGUUUGUAACGUCGCCGAGAACACUCCGGUGAAGUUGACGUUUUCGAGCUCAAACUAUGGGCAAGAUGGGCCUUCACGUGAUAAGGAAUGGAGUAUUGACGUCUACAAAAUUGAAAAGGGCGAAAAGAAUGCAGUAAAAAGUGUAUCUGCUGACCCCGGAGACGUAAUACAACUCAGCAUUUGCAUGACUCUAUUUUCAAAAGGGCAUUCCGAUGAAGCCAAAAACGAGAAUGAAGUAUGCAAAGACAUUACUAUCCAUUUAUUUCGCGCUGAAGUCAUGCCCCAAAGUGACUUGUAUUACAAACUUGUCUCAUUUAUUAAAGGUCUAACAAAUGGGCUCAUUAGUGCUAAUAAAACUAGUGGAAUAGACAAAGCUAGUCCAGAGAGUAAAAAGUUCACAAAUGCAGUACGGAAAGGAUCUGGAAGUUCCAGAAUUUACAAUCUCAGUGUGGGAGGGAAUGGAGAGUUGAUGGCUCCGUUUGAUCCACAUUCCUCCUCAAUUUCAGUAAAGGUAAAGGAUUCAACAAAAAAAGGCGAUCCAAUUUUUCUAAAUGUAGACGCUAAUUCAACGGGAAAUGAGGAUAUAGAGUAUGAAUUAGAUGGUAAAAAGCUCGGUCAUGCUCCAUUUAGAGCUACCAUAGAUUUAGAAGGAGAAUAUACUCAUCACCUGCUUACCUCAUUCAAUUCCAGAUCCGGAAAACGCAGUUUUAUGCUCAUAAAGGUUUUUGCGGAAUCUUUUAAGGAGCUUGUAAUUCUAUCCUCUGAUGACAAGGUCCUAUUCUCUAAACCAGUGACACAAGAGACAGAAAAUGAGCCAAGUAUAAAUUUGACUAGUGUAAAGAUAUGUACCGAUCAUAAUGAUUUUCUUGUACAUACGCACUCAAAAGAGUCGUUUGGAACGGUUAACAUUGAAGUUUGUCGGGGAAAUGUCUGUGUAAACGGAUGGAAAAUCAAGUGCAAAAGGUAUAAGGUUAUAGCUGGAAAUGCAAGAAUAAAUGUGGCAUAUUCUGGCGAAAAGUACAAGGUAAAACUUUUGCAAGGUGACUUGAAGUCUUUUAAAAUAUGGGAUAUUGGAAUGAUGGUGAAUAUGCUACUCUUGGGUCUUCUCAGGGUUAAUCUGGUCUACACAUUUCUUAUCACUGGACCAAUUGGACCGCUGAGUGCCAUGAUCACUCUCACCAUUUUUGAACUGAUGAAUAGAAGGAAAUCCGGAGAAGCUCAUUGGGACUUUCUGGAAUGGUGGACUAUGGAUUACUUUCAGAUUCUGGUGGAUUCAUCCGCGGGCAAAGUUUUUCAUUCCUCAUUGACGGUAGUUGACUUUUUUCUAUCCUCCAUCACCGUUAUUUUAUUAACAUUGGUAUAUGCAAUUUUACUCCUGGUCAUUAUCGCUACCAGGUACAUGCUAUUGAUGAAAGUCAGUUGUUACAACCCAUUCGUACGUUUUACAAAUUUUGUGGAAACUACUCUUGACAAUUUUAUGGACUAUAUAGAUACAUACAUGAUGGAUAACAUUGAAUUUAUCGCUAUAUAUAUUUUUGUAACGAUUAUAAUACAAGCUAUUGAUGUAUUUGUGGAUAUAGAAAAGAUUUACAUUAUGGGAUAUUCUUCCUCUCCAACGACAUUCUGUAUAGCUAUUAUACUCAUUAAAGUGUUACCGAUGAUUACCAUACUUGCUUUAAGAUAUACCAAUACUUUGUUGAAGAAUAAAGGCACUUAUUCUCCAUUAGGUAGCACUUACUAUAUUUUGCAAAAUGGAGGGAACGAAGAUAGUUUGAGCAAGGCCAGCAGCGUUUACAACAAUGGAAAUAUACUUGCAUUAGACGAAGGUUAUUUUGUUGAGUAUGAAAACAUAAAAGUGACUGGAGAAUGCGCUAACCUUUCCAGAAUGAACCAUAGGCAGCGCAUAAGGAUCAAGAAUAUCUACUCCAACAAAAUGGCUGAAAGUGGCAGAACUUUUGAUAAUUUGUGGUUCUAUUCUAAGAGAAUUGUCAUAAAGUAUCUUGAAUAUGGAAUGAAAGCAUCUAGAUCCAUCGCAAAACUCUCUACCCUCGAGCUAAAACAAGCAUCCCUUAUGGAAGAUAAUCUGGAAGUAUUCGUACCUUACAGUCGAGAAAAACACGAUAACCUUAAAAUAAUCACCGGGAAGAUUGAUAAGAAGGAGAAAAGGAUGGCUGUAAAUCUCACGAUUAUUGAACAUGCAGUGCUACUUUUCACUGUUGUCUUAUCGCAUAAUGGUCCUAAUUUCUCAUUGUACACCAUGUUGAUUUAUGCAUCCUCAUUUUUAAUGUGGAUUAUAGUGGCAAUUAAAGCCCAAAAUAAAACUGAUUAUAAGAGUUACGGAAGAUUGUUGAAUGGAUGUACUAGUGGGAGAAUUCAAGUUGGACUUUUUGCCAGAUUUACGGUAAUUUUAGCCGCAAAACGAUUAAUCUCAGCAAUUGCAUUUAUCAUGUCCAGUAUUUAUAUGCGGUAUUGGAUAAAGAGAAUGGUGGUUUUGAUUAUGGUUCAUAAAAUUGUAAAUUCAUCAUUUCUUUAUUCCCUUUUCCUAUGUAUGUACGGCUGGAUGAAGAGCCUUUUUAAAGCCAUCGGUUUGAUUUUUCUGGAGAUUUUUGCAUUUUUCAAAUUCUUUGGGGUGAAAAUACGUAUCUGGUAUGACAGCCAUAUUGGUAAGACUAUGAAUGCGUUACCCUGCAAAAUUAUAAGGUUAUACGCAUUUGAUGCUAAUGGGCUCAAAUAUGAGGUGGAUAUGAAAUUUUUAGACAAACGAAUAUACAUUUUUGGCUCUAGUAUAAAGUACAGAGACUGUAGAGAAGCCGCUUUACACGUUUACCCAGAAUCAAGACUAUCAUCGGAAGACGUUUGCGGGUAUAAUUACAUGAUAGUUGCAACUGUUAUUCUGAGGAGGAACUUUUGCAGGGAUAUUCAUCUCCCACUCUUUCUGUCAGUGCCAUCUCUGGAGAGUGUAACCGCGCACAACAAUGACGACCUCUACAGUGUGACUAUUGAUAGCAAGGAGAACAAGUUAUGUUUCACUGGACCAUUUAUAGUGGCUAACAAGAGGUACAUUGUUACACGGUGGAAGGUAGGUGGCAACAAUUUAUCAAAAGGGAUUAAAAUAACUACAUCUGCACUCUGCACUUCUGUCGGAGAGCUCACAUUUUUCAUGGAAAAGCCGGCCGAUUUUAGCAAGUUGAUAAUAGUAAAAAGAGAUGAUGAGAAGAAAAUAUUGAGAUAUCCUCCACGCACAUUUGUGGAUUUUGAUGAAUGUAGCAAGUUGGUAACAGUUUAUCAUAGUGACCUCAAGGUUGGAGUCAACUAUAGCGUUGAAUACACCACUAUUUCCCAGGGCGAUCAGGAUUUUAAGAGUGAUGUAAUCGCAGAAAAGCCAUGGGAAUUGCAUGUUCCAGCUGGAUCAAAGGGUUUCUCCCCCUUUUACAACUACAAGGUUACAAGGGAUGACGGAGUAUCACGUUCAAUUAGGCUUGUAGAUGAGGUGUCAGAACAUUAUAAAUUCGGCUUUACAUUUUCAAGGAUUAUUUUGGAUGGGAAAAUUGAUUUCAUCGAUCCAACUCACGGGGUUUGUUCUUUUGAGGAUGGGACGUUUAUGAUUGAGCUGGAUGAGGCCAGUGCUUCCAUUAAAAUGCCCAUGAAACCUGCCAUCUAUAUAAAGGAUGAAUCUUGUGCAGAAAUACUAGAAAGUGGGAGCAUAGAAUUGGUGGAUUCCUAUACCGAUAUUACAGGCACUACGAGCAAGAGCUCCUCCAUGGAUUACGUAAGAGCGUCUGGCGAAAGGAAAAUAUUCGAAAUAGAGACAAGUCUGAGUAAAUUCCUUUUAACAAAUGGGAAUCAUUCUAUGCUGCCCAUUACAGUCCUUUCAAGGCUAAAAUGCAAAGCAACUGGUGAUGAGUAUUUUAGAGUAAUUCCACAUUACAACUACUUUGCAAGGGUCAUAAAGACCAGAAUAAUCAAGCUAGAGUGUAUGUAUGCCAAUCUUGGAGAUGGUUCUGAUAUUGAUGCAUAUUUGGCCUAUUUCAUGAGUGAAGAGGAGAAGAUGGCCAUAAUGGAUAGUUUACCCCGUUCGGACAUAGUCGAGAUACUUGGCGUCAUGAUACGUUUUUGUCUAUCGCAUUUGAGUAGUGUUGUCGAAAUUUUGAAAAACUUUGAUGAAGUCUCCAGAUCUGAGGAGAUGAGGAAGUUGGUUAAAGAGAUGGAUAGAGUAGCAACCGUAGAACCUGUGCAUGCCACACUAGAGCAUAUCAAGAGGUUGAUUGCUAGCGAUUACGAGGGUAAUGAUGUUUACAAGGACCAUAUAGACCACAUAGUAGUCCAUAAAGAGAGUAUAAGGCCCGUGAUACACAUAAAAAGCCAAGUUUCCGAGUGGAUGGCAAGGUCGUCCCACCUUUUACUGCAAACGUUUGACAAGGAAGCCUCUGCCAGCUUUCUAGAACAGGUUCUGUCCGAUGAAUUAUUUUGGGGUAUUUCAUGUGAAUCUCUUGCAUGCAAGGACUCCAGAAAUGAUGUGAAAAAUAGAAAGGCAAGACACCAAGACAUACGAGAGAUUAUUCUGGGCGGGCCGUCCUCGGCUCAGGACCCGCUAGAAGGCAAGCAUACAUUUGGCUUCAUGCGAUUCGAGGGCAAAGACGGCGAUUUAUGGGUGCCGUGCGUGAUUUACCUCUCAAUUUCAGUCCUGCAAAUGAGGCUAACCAGCAGGGUAUACAUCGCACAACUGACACAUCUAGCAGGGGAUUUUGGUAGUAGACACAUUGAGGGGAACAUUCAAGUCAAGAUAAAGGCGAUAAAGUCUCGAGUUGCAGGGCAGCCGGUUCAGGUCCUCCUCUCACAUGAGCGGGUCGUAGCACCGCUUCUGACCGCGUUCGAGCUCCAGGACCCCUCCCAUUCGGAAGAGCACUGGCUAACUGAUCUCAAAAGGCUGGAAAUACGCCCAAAGCGCCAGGAGGGACGUAGAUGCGGCCGCUCCGCCUACACACCAAGCGAUCCCCUCGAAUUCCGACACGGAGCGACCUAG